UAAUUAAAUGGGUUGUGAAGCGUACAUUCACGUAAGGAGUGAUUUUACACGAUUUAACGAAAUUUUUGUAUGUGAAUAUUGUACGAAAUAUUGAUUUCGUCACCGAAGUAUUAUUAAACUACAAAGAAAGUUCUACUAUAUUGAUGUCAACAAAUCAACAAAUGACAGAAAGUAACAUGACGGAAACUACGCAUUUGAAUGGAUUAGAAUCUUGCUUUCAAAGGGGAAAUCACACUUUUAAAGUACCUAUGUCACUUUUUCGAAACAAUCGUGAAAGAUUAGUCACACGUGUUAAAGCAAAUACAAAAAUCCAACCUACAGGUACUUUUAUUGUUCUUGGUGGAGGAGUUGAAGUUCCAUUUAAUGAUACAGAUAUAUGCUGGCCAUUUCGGCAAGAAUCAUUUUUUCAAUGGUGCUUUGGAGUAGAAGAACCAGGAUGUAGUGGUGCUCUUGAUUUAGCAACAGGAAUCUCUGUACUAUUUGUACCUAGAUUACCAGCAGAAUAUGCAAUUUGGGAGGGAAAAUUACAUACUUUAGAGGAUUUUAAAAAAAGAUAUGGAGUAAAUGAAACUUAUUACACUGAUGAGAUAGUUAAAAUUUUUAAAUCAAAGCAAGCAAAUCUUCUUCUUACCUUAAGUGGCCAAAACAGUGACAGUGGUUUGCAGACAAAAGAAGUAGUUUUUGAUGGUAUUAAUCAGUUCAAAGUGGAUAAUAAAAUUUUAUAUCCAGAAAUAUGUGAAUGUCGUGCCAUAAAAUCUCCACAAGAAAUUGAGGUGUUGGAAUAUGUGAUUAAAGUAAGCUCAGAUGCUCACAAGGCUCUCAUGCGAAUGGUGAAACCAGGAUUUGCAGAAUUUCAAGCAGAAGCAGCUUUCAUGCAUUAUGUAUAUUCUAUAGGAGGCUGUAGACAUGUGUCUUAUACCUGUAUUUGUGGAUCUGGACACAAUGCAUCUAUAUUGCAUUAUGGACAUGCUGGUGCUCCUAACAAUAAAGUUAUUAAUGAUGGUGAUAUGUGUCUUUUUGAUAUGGGUGCAAACUAUUGUGGAUAUGCAGCUGAUAUUACAUGCAGUUUUCCAGCUAAUGGAAAAUUUACAGAGGACCAAAAAAUGGUAUACAAUGCGGUACUUGCCGCUCGCGAUGCUGUGAUGAAUGCUGCAAAACCAAAUGUUACUUGGACAGAUAUGCAUCUUUUAGCAAACAAAACCAUGUUAGCUUCACUAAAAAAUGGUGGUCUCUUAGUAGGUGAUGUUGAAAAAAUGAUAGAAGCAGGGUUGAAUGAAGUUUUUCAACCUCAUGGACUUGGACACCUUAUGGGAUUAGAUGUCCAUGAUGUUGGUGGAUAUCUUCCAGGACAUCCUGAACGUUCUUCAGCUCCAGGGUUAAGAAAAUUAAGAACCAGUCGAAUUUUGCAAGCUGGUAUGGUUUUAACAAUUGAGCCAGGAUGUUAUUUUAUUGACUGUUUACUAGAUGCGGCUUUACAAAAUCCAAAUCAAUCAAAAUUCAUCGUUGCUGAAGAAUUAAAAAGAUUCAGAGGUUGGGGUGGUAUUAGAAUCGAAGACGAUGUCCUUAUAACGGAAAUUGGAGUAAGAAAUUUGACAGACGUACCGCGCACCGUCGAGGAAAUAGAAAAAUGGAUAGCUGCUGGGAAAGAUUAAACUUGACCACGGAUGAAGGAACCAAAUAAUGAAAAAGAUACGAUACAUCGCAUAAUAUACGCGAGUGUUUAACUAACAAUUUUAUGCAAAGAUCCACUAUUUACAUAUUCUGUUCUUCCUGAUAUAAGAACAGUUGUGAUACGACAUAUAACGUCAUGAAAUAUUUUUACACGCAUUUCGUAUAGCGCAUAUAAUGCAAUAUUCAAUAUCAAACAGGCUUAAAUCACUUCUUCCUAAAUUGUACGUAAAGAGAAACAAAUAAAAGAAUAUUCUUUAUUAUAUGUUCCGUCCUUAGACGGUUAUAAAUUAAGUCAUUUGUCGUCUUGGCGUACAAUUUUAUGACAGGCACAAGUGUUUAGAAACU